AUGCCCAAGCGGAAGCAGGAUGAACUCACGUUGCCGAGUGGGCAUCCGUCGGGUCAAACUCCGGCUGAGGUCCCUGCCGGGAGUGGAGGCCCGCGCAAGGUGCUGCCCGACUUCACAUCGCUCGAAAAGCUGGUGAACUUGCUCCGCACGUGCAAGCGCGUUGUUGUUGUCACCGGCGCUGGAAUCAGCGUGUCGUGCGGCAUCCCUGACUUCCGUUCGGAACACGGCGUGUACGACCUAGUCUCCCGGCUAGACCUCGGCUUGAGCAGCGCCGAAGACCUGUUCGACCUGGAGUUCUUUGUUGAUGACCCCGAGCCGUUCUUCAAGUUUGCCAAGGUGCUUUAUCCCGGCAACUACGUCCCAUCCCUCACCCACCGCUUUAUCAAGGCGCUGGAGAACCGAGGGAAGCUUCUCAGAAAUUUCACGCAGAACAUCGACGGUCUCGAGGCGCAGGUGGGGCUGAAGAAGUAUGUGGCCUGCCACGGCUCGUUCCUGACAGCAUCCUGCCUGAAGUGCAAGAGAAAAAGGACAGCGGAGGACAUUCGAGAGGAAGUGAUGCAGCAGAGGGUCCCGCGCUGCCCCUCUUGCCAAGGGGUAGUGAAGCCGGACAUCACCUUCUUCGGGGAGCGUCUUCCGGCGAGCGUCAAGCGCGCGGUCGAGGCGGACCACAAGAAGGCGGACCUUUUCCUCGUGCUGGGGACAUCGCUCAAGGUGCAGCCGGUGUCGAGGAUCCUUCAGUUCAUUCCUCCGCACGUCCCCCAGGUGCUCGUCAAUCGGGAGUUGAUACGUCCGCCGAGAAAGAUCUCCGACGGGUUCGACCUCCACCUCCUGGGAGACUGCGAUGACGUCAUCCAACACCUCUACACGUUUCCUUCGUCAAGGGUUAAUGGGACCGGUGGCAUGAGCGCGGCGUGGACAGCUCUUGGCGGGGGCUGCGAGGCUGGCAACGACAACGCCAACGACAAGGACAACGACUUCGAGGAGGUUAUUACAUGCAUGCCGGAUACACCAACGACCCGUAAUUAUUUUUUGUCACCCGCCCCUCCAAACUCCGCCCUCUCGAGGACGCGUGGUCACUGGUCUAACUGCUGAGGCAUGCAAAACAGAGAGUACCCCCCCCCUGUCCAAACUAUGCAGCGAUGGGUGCGACAAGGUGGUGGUGGGAAACGUGUACGUCUGCAGCGAAUGCUUCGGUUACGAUCUCUGCGGCAUGUGCCACAGCGGCGGCAGCAACGACCACGCGCGCGAGAGGGGCCAUGCCUUCCAACUGGUGGAGCGAUAAGAGGGCUGCUGACCGCUCCGGAGUCUCGUCUACCCGCGAGUCGCUUUUUGUUUGUUCAGAAAACCUACAAUACAUGCAAUCAAAUAAAGACUUCCCGUUCGAGAUAUGGCCACAGCAGUCGAAAGGGAUGCUUUUCAAGUCUUGACAAGUGAGGUGGAGAACGGCUAUUAAUCUAUUAAUAGAUACUUGGGGUCUGUUUUAAUUUCUGAACACUGACGUAGUGAUGCCAGGUAUUUUAUCGACAUGCUGACGGGUGAUAGUAUAGUAUUGGGUGGGGAUUCAUGGCGAAACGGCACAUGCCGAGCGGGCCAAAUUUCCUCAAACGAUAAGAAGACUACUUAUGUCAGUUCGAAUUUUGUUUUGGUGUCGUCGGCUAAGGGGGUGACCAAGCGUGCUUGGAGCUUGGCUAGGUUGGCAAGGAUGGACCAGACGCUUCCAAACGAUACCUGUCCGGCGCAAUGAUUAGUCGGUGCAACCCUAGAAUCAGUAGCUAAGCGGAUCGGUUGGCUUACUAGACUGGCAAAGGGUGGAUCGAAUUUGACAGACGUUUGAAUCAAGCUCAGACGUUUGAAUCAAGCUCAGACGUUUGAAUCAAGCUCAGACGUUUGAAUCAAGCUCAGCCUAACAAUAGCCUUCUUCCACUCACAAGCUUUGCUGUGGUCGUUGCUUGCAGCACCAAGUAGCACAUGUACUGUUAUGGUUUUGAUGUUCGGUGCCCGUGGAAAUGCUGCAUCGAAGAGAAGACGAUCGGUGUCGAGCAGGUUCAUGCAUGUGUUGGCGAGGUCGAGCCUUGCGCCCAACUGGCGACGCCAUGAGACCGCGACAGUUUUUUGUUUGUAGAAUAUGUACCACUAACACGUAGGUGAUCAACAUCACAGAAAGGUACUUACUACCCUGUGACAGGACUCAAGGAAGUGUGACAAACUGUGUUUUGUGUGUGGCAGUGACGCCUGUUCGGCACUGGAUCUGGGGCAUGGUCCAUUCCUGACGUUGCAGGUUCAGUGAUGCCGGCUGGAAGAGCAUCGCCCAUUUGCCAACGCGUAUGGUGUUCUUCCAAGGGAUUUAUUUACAGAUCCAAUCUGAGUUUGUAACACGUACGACGGAUAGCGGUUGGAAUGCGCGGUUCGCCUUUGACAUUUGAGGCAGGGACUGAAGGGCAUAGAGGAGACGAGCAGUGGUGUUUCUUUUGUUUUGUGAGUGGCAUGAUCAAUUGUGCUUUUUCUC